AGGUAGCAAGAGGCGAGCAGGGCAGGACAGGGUCCUGAAGCUGUAGCGAUGUCGAAGCUGAACGUGGACAAUCUCAAGAAGGGCAUCCAGCAGAUCCUGGAAGGCAGCAAGGAGAAGCAGCGUAAGUUUCUGGAGACUGUGGAGUUGCAGAUUGGUCUGAAGGACUACGAUACCCAGCGAGACAAGCGAUUCGCUGGUACAAUCAAGCUUCCUCAUGUUCCUCGUCCGAGAUUGAAGGUGUGCGUGCUUGGCGACGCAGUUCACUGCGAGCAGGCGCAGCGUGCAAAUAUUCCGUUCAAGAGUGUGGAGGACCUGAAGAAGCUGAACAAGAACAAGAAGAUGGUGAAGAAGCUUGCGGACUCCUUCGAUGCAUUCGUUGCAUCCCAGGUCUUGAUUCCUCAGAUUCCUCGUCUCUUGGGGCCUGGUUUGAACAAGGCAGGCAAGUUCCCGACGCUUGUGCAGCACGCCGACAACUUGGAGACCAAGGUGACAGAGGUCCGCAGCCAGGUGAAGUUCCAGCUGAAGAAGGUGUUGUGCAUGGGCGUUGCAGUGGGAAACGUGGGCAUGAACCCGGACGAGCUGAGGCAAAACUGCUUGAUGGCCAUCAACUUCUUGGUCUCGCUCUUGAAGAAGAAUUGGAACAACGUGAAGCGCCUGCACAUCAAGAGCACCAUGGGGAAGCCUUUCACGAUCUACGGCUGAUUCGUCGUCCGACUUGUACAGAUGUUGCCUUCGCUUGCUGCAAAA